ACCGCCCCCCCCGCGCCGCCGCCGGGUCCUGGCCGCUCAACGCGGGCCGCGCGGGGCGGGGCGGGGGAAGAUGGCCGCCGCCGCCUCCCCCCCGCUACACCGCUGCCAGGACCGUGCCCCGCCGCUCGCGUCACGUCCGUCGCGCGGCGAUGGCGGGGCGGGCGCGGGGCUGAGCGGAGGCAUGGAGGGCCCGCGGGCGGGCGGCGGCGGCACGGCGCAGGUCAGCUUCGUCUGCCAGCGCUGCAGCCAGCCGCUGAAGCUCGACACCUCCUUCAAGAUCCUCGACCGCCUCACCAUCCAGGAGCUCACCGCCCCGUUGCUGGCCGCCGCUGCCGCCCGGCCCGGGGACGCGCCGGAGGAGGAGACCGCUCUGACGGAGGAGGCCUUCGCCGAGAACCGGCAGGAUGGCGUCUCCCGGCGGUUCAUCCCGCCCGCCAGAAUGAUGUCGACAGAGAGCGCCAACAGCUUCACGCUGAUCGGAGAGGCCUCGGAUGGCGGCACCAUGGAGAACCUCAGCCGGAGACUGAAGGUCACCGGCGACCUCUUUGACAUUAUGUCCGGGCAGACGGACGUGGAUCACCCUCUGUGCGAGGAGUGCACCGACACGCUGCUGGACCAGCUGGACACGCAGCUGAACAUCACCGAGAAUGAGUGCCAGAACUACAAGAGAUGUCUGGAGAUACUGGAACAAAUGAACGAGGACGAUAAGGAGAAACUGCAGACUGAACUGAAAGAACUUGCACUGGAGGAAGAGCAACUGAUCCAGGAGCUAGAGGACGUCGAGAAGAACCGCAAGAUUGUGGCUGAAGACUUCGAGAGAGUGAGGGCAGAGGCGGAGCGGCUGGAGCAGGAAGAAGCUCAGUAUCAGAAAGAAUACUGCGAAUUCAAGAGGCAACAACUGGAGCUAGACGAUGAGCUGAAAAGCGUGGACAACCAAAUGCGCUAUGCCCAGAUGCAAUUGGAUAAAUUAAAGAAAACCAACGUGUUCAAUGCAACCUUUCACAUCUGGCACAGUGGUCAGUUUGGCACAAUAAAUAACUUCAGACUUGGCCGUCUCCCCAGCGUUCCUGUAGAAUGGAAUGAGAUCAACGCUGCCUGGGGGCAGACUGUGCUGCUGCUGCACGCCCUUGCUAACAAAAUGGGCCUGAAGUUUCAGAGAUACCGUCUGGUACCGUAUGGCAACCACUCGUAUUUAGAGUCCCUCACGGACAAAUCAAAGGAGCUCCCCCUGUACUGCUCUGGAGGCCUGAGGUUCUUCUGGGACAAUAAGUUUGAUCAUGCAAUGGUGGCUUUCCUGGACUGCGUGCAGCAAUUUAAAGAGGAAGUGGAAAAAGGCGAAACUCGGUUUUGUUUGCCUUACAGGAUGGACGUGGAGAAAGGAAAGAUCGAAGAUACAGGUGGCAGUGGAGGCUCUUACUCUAUUAAAACACAAUUUAACUCUGAGGAGCAAUGGACAAAAGCACUAAAAUUCAUGUUAACUAACCUGAAGUGGGGUCUUGCCUGGGUCUCAUCCCAAUUCUAUAACAAGUAACCAUGUAAAGAACUCGUCCUGGCAACUGUAGGGUGUCUGCGUUUCGUUGGAGAAAGUCAGAUUAAGAUGUCUCUUAAUAUUAACCAGUACAAAAUGUUUACAAUACCAAAAAUCCACAAGACACUUUAUUUAAAAUACCAUUAUUACAAGUAGUAUAUAGAAAAGCAAUAUGUAAAGUUAUAUCAUUGAGCUGAACAGAAUAAUAAUAAAAAAAACAGCUAUUGAAUAGAUGCUAAACUGGUACUUCUGGGGUUUAUAGAUAUGCGUAUAAAUCACUGUCAAACUUCGAAACACCACUGAGUUUGAUACUACUCAGUUACAUGAGUUAGAAAAGCGAAAUGUUACAAACAGUGAAUAACGUUAAAGAACUGGCGGAAGCUCUGCUUGGUCAUUAAAGGGUAACUACAGUUUGAAAUAAAGUAUUUUCUAAGUCAUAUCAGCACUUCUUUGUGCCACUGAACUUAACAAGGUUUGAUACUGUUUAAAAUACUGUUAGCUAUGAUGAUACUAACUAUUUGUAAUACUUCCUGCAGCCUGUUCUUGCACAGAGGUGCACCGAGUAAAUAAUAAAACACUAUUCUACACAAAGAGUGCUUUCAUCUAGCGUACGCCAGGCACAGCAUAAACAGCCCCUGGCACUUACAGGGACGUGCUGAAUAGGCACCUGCUGUCGCAACAACUGCAUCGCUUUCAAAAUUGGUGGGAUUCUGUCCUUUUCACAACACUGGUCAACUAGCUGGCUUUCUUAGGGUACGAGCAAACAGGCUCUGAGCACUGGCAAAGAGGGAGCACAGUAAGAAGCAGCCGGGCUGCAGCAAGCUGCCUGAGACAAUAAGUAAAUUUUUUAAAAAGCAGCAAGUGGAGAAAGAAAGUACAGCCCUGUUUGUAAGGGUGUGCGAGUUGCUUCCAGCAAUACAGAUUGCCAAGCAAAACACCGUGCACGUUAAUGCCUUGUGAAAACAAUGACUCUUCUUUUCCAAGGAAACUUAUAUUCAUAACUUAGAAGAUGUAGCUCUUACAAUAAAUCUUUUGGUGCUGAAAGAGAUAUCUCUAAAUGCUACUUGGCUCCUGUGUGCCUCCCUUCACGGCACUACUGCACUGCCUGGAAGGACAAGCUUUCUAAUUAGCACCUAACACACAAAAUGUUACAGAAUAGCUGGGGUUCAAAACCAAAAGUAAAACUAAAUUGCCUUUGGUGCCCUCUGCAGUGUCGCAGAAGACAGACUAUUGCAAGCAGCGUAACAGUUUGCUACUGAUACGCUAGGGACUGGCCACAGAAGAUAGUUCUAUUUAAGAGUCAUAAUUCUGUUCUCUGGGGCUUUUGUUCCUCAGUUCCUAUAGUGCUGCUUUGGAGUGGCGCUGCCAACAACGUGUUUCAGCACUGCAUAAGAAAAUUCUAAGAUACUUUGUGAAGUAAUGCCAGUGAUAUAGUUCAAAUGCUCCACAACCUUAAAAAAAAAUAAAAAAUGAAGAUAGAUACUUACAGUGCCUAAGAGACAUUAGUUUACAGACAUACUUCUUAACCCUCCAAAUCCAACGAGAGUAAUAGCGCCUCAUGGGCGCACUUGAACAAAAGCUGAAACCUCUCGGUAUGUUUUUUGUUUUAUUUGGUUGGUUUUUUUGUUUGCUUGCUUGCUCGUUUUGGGGUUUGGUUUGUGCCUUUUACUUUUUUUUUUUGUAAUUGCUUCUACUAAAGUAGUAAAA